GCUGGAUGGCGUCGAUGAUGCUGAGGAGUUCCAAAUCAUGAGGCGCUCCAUGGAGGCCAUGGACAUCCCCCCGCAGGAGCAGGCCGACGUCUUCCGCAUCACAGCGGCGGUUCUUCACAUAGGCAACCUCACCAUUGUCGAGAAGGUCGCCGGGAAGUUCGAAGUGGACCAGAACAACCCCUCCUUCAAGGCUGUGAGCGAGAUCAUGGGAAUACAGCCCGCAGCUCUGGCAAGGGCUCUUACACACAAGCUUAUCGCUGUCGGAAGUGAGCGCUACGACUCGCCCCUGGAGCGUGAGCAGUGCGAGGCACGCCGUGAGUCUUUCGCGAGGAUGAUUUAUUCUUACCUCUUUAACCACAUGGUCUACCGCAUCAACGAGUCGCUGUCAUCCGGGCGAACAGGCUCCACGACUUCCAAGUUGUCCUUCAUCGGAGUCUUGGACAUCUUCGGCUUCGAGCAUUUCAAGGUUAACUCGUUCGAGCAGCUUUGCAUCAACUUUGCCAACGAGCGGUUGCAGCAGAUGUUCAACCACUUCGUUUUCGAAGUGGAGAUGGAGCUGUACAAGCAGGAGGGCAUCACUUGCGAUUUCUCGGACUUCCCGGACAACCAGGGCAUCAUCGACCUGAUUCAAGCCAAGUCGAUGAGUGUUUUCACACUGCUGGACGAGGAGUGUCGGAUGCCAAAGGGCGCUGACAAGUCCUUUGUGCAGAAGUUGUGGAAGCAGUUCGAGAAGAACGAGAACUUCAAAAUCGA